AUGAAUCAAGUGGUCGACGCAUUGGAGAUGGAGAACUUUUCCGUCAAUACAAUCUUUCAGCCCUUCUCACUCACUCGCUCCAACUUUUAUGAAGGAAUCUUCAUCAUCUUUAGCCAAUGGAUCAUUCAUGACAACCGUGUUCGCAAAGAGUAUCAUCAGGCCGUUGGAGAUGCUAUCGAUAAUAUACUUGAACAAAUUCAUGCCGACAAAAUCACACUAGAGAUGGGCGCCCAAGAUGCGCAUCAGAUGCGCAACGGAUUCUUCCACUUAAUGCGAUACAACACCUCGCCAAUUGGGCUCCUAAUAGCGCACUCAAUCCAUGCGACAACGCGCCCAUAUACAUACUACCUGGAGAAGAAAUCCCUCUCUGCAUUUGGAAAACCUUCAAAAGAUCUGAGUUUAGACCAAGCAAGGGAGGUUAUUAUGAGCACACUUAUUAGUGCCAGGCGUCCAAGUAGAGCUGUUACUGAUAUGAGUAAAAGAGCAAGUCUUUUCUGCAAAGGAGCGAUUAUUACCAUUGCGGCUAAAUCUCUUUAUAUGGCAUCAUUCUCAAGUGCCAAAGCCAUCGAUAUCGCGAGACUGGUAGUCUGGGGAUCAAGUCUAGUGAUGGUCGGCAGAUUUGGGAUUUUCAUUACAAAUAACUACAUGUCAUGGAGAAGUUCGCGGCAUAAUAGAACGAGGAGCGACUAA